AGAGUUGAAAUCGAAGGAUUCGGGAUUGUUCAAUUAUCAAGUAAGGAAUGCAGGUGUCUUUGACUUUAUCAGUCUUUCUAGGCUUGAUCUCUCUGUCUUGCGGAAGUGAAAGCAGUGUAGAAUGGUGUUACACUGAAGAAAAUUGCAAGCCAGCUGUAUGGGUCAGCACUCCUUUCGGUCAAUGUAAUGGCCAGAGACAGUCUCCUAUUGAUAUUGACCAUGCCAGCGCUGGGAAAAACAACAACCUCACUGAGUUUAAUUUCACACAAUACAACCAGAAAAACCUGAUGACUCAAAUCGUGAACAGUGGACACUCAGUGCAAGUGAACCUGGCCGCGGGCGUGGAGGUGAGCGGGGGCGGUCUGAAUGGCUCUUACUCUGCGAAGCAGUUCCACUUCCACUGGGGAAACGGGCACUCAAAACCGGGGUCCGAACACAGGGUCAACGGCAUGCAGUAUCCCAUGGAGAUGCAUAUCGUUCAUUACAAGAAGGGACUGAGUACUGAGCAAGUAAUGGUAGAUCCUAGUACAUCCCGUUGGUCAUUCUUAUCACAUGACCUUGCCUGGGCGGAGAUCGUUCACUUUCUCCAUGACAUCCCGAUUAAGAACAUGAGCAAGUCCCUCUCUCUAGACCUCUCUCUGGAUGACCUCCUCUCAGGUGUCAAUCGGAGCCGUUUCUAUAGAUACCCGGGUUCCCUGACCACGCCCAACUGCAAUGAGGUCGUCGUGUGGACAGUCUUCCAACAGCCAAUCACAAUCAGCCCCUUCCUGAUUGACCAGUUUGCCCAGUCUCUCCACGUCGUAGACGGCCACGUCCGCAAGUUGGUCGACGUCUUCCGCCCCCCCCAACCAAUCAACGGCCGCCGUGUCCAGGCAUCGCCGGGGGUAACAGCGGAGCCCUGGCGGACCACCCCCCACGUUCACAUGGAAGCCGAAAGUUGGAAUAGUUCGGCUGCCAGGUCACUUCCUGUCUGGGCUGGCUGCCUCGCUGUCGGCGUGGCAACCUUUCUGAGCUUCCUUUAAAUGAAAAGGGCUCAGCUGGUUUCCUCCCCCACCCCCCUUCCCUCCUUCCCUCCUUCCCUCCUUCCCUCUUUCGUAAUGUCGGCAGAUCUUCAGAGCGUGUGCAGCACAGCUCAGAAAACAUGGCUCUAUUCAAGUGAGAAGCCAGGGGGCUGUACAGAAAUCAUGAGAACUUGCCUUUCACAUUUAUAACCAAUGCUACUGUAUGUAUAUAUAUAUAGAGAGAGAGAGAGAGAGAGAGAGCUACUGUAAUUAUAAAGAUACAGGUAUAUAGAGCUAUAGAGACAGCCAGCUACUGUAGACAGACAGCAACUGUAGAUAGACGGCUCCUGCAAAGAGACAGAAACACAGACAGACAGACAGAGAGAUAGCUGCCUGGCAGUUAGGAUUCUCCAGACAAGCACUUUUUUACA